UGCUGCCGCUUGCAAACUGUCUUGCGAACUGUCAAAGUGCACACGGUGAGAGCGAAGCUAGGCAGCGGGAGCGCUGGUCCGGGUGAAACAGGGAGCGCGGGUUGACUGAGAAAAAAAGAUGGACGCCAUUGUUGAAGUUUGCUGCUGCUGGCGCUGGUGCUACUGCUGAACGGGUUGACUUUUCCUGCUCCGUACACGACCCGUGACGAUGGGAGCAAUUUUCCGCUGCUAAGAGUGCGCACGUGUGCGAUGGUAAAACUGUGUGUCGGAAUCGCUUGCGGACGGUACGAGCUAGUGCGCUAGGGAUCGAUUUUGCCGUGUCGCGGAUCGAACGGGAACUUUUCUGUUUCGUUACGAUUUUGUUCGGGCAGCAGGAAGUGUGUGCGGACGGGAGGGCCGAGCUUGAAGUGAUUGGGGGGAAAAAAGGCACCAGAGCACCAGGCAGGUUGAGUGUGCAGGAAGCUUCAAGUGUCCAGUGUGGUGUUGUAAAACAGAGCAAUCCUUUGUUUAAACGUAGCUAGAAGCUUAUAUUAGUGGUGCUGGUUCAAGAGGUUGGUGGAAAACAGUGUGAAAAUUGCCACUGCUCCCAACCUAGUUUUCCCAGCCCUGCUUCCCUAUACGUCACACCAGCAGCACCAGCGUGUCUCUGUGUGUGUAUGUGUGUGUUUGGUGGUGGAAAAUUACUUCAUAGUUUCUGUCACUGGCACUGCUGUCCCAUCCCCAUCGGUCGUUCUGGUCGUCCAUUCCUGAAUGUGAUGUCCGUGACUGGCGUGUACUGGCAGAGUGCGUGCCUGUAGCAGGACAAAAACCCGACCGUCAGCAUUACAGCGUCCUUUCCCAGCCAGUGACCAAAACAGAGUACCGCCCAGCGAGCACAAAGCAAAAGUGGUCGCUAGUGCCGAGGUAGUGUCCGUGGAACAUCCGAUACCUGGGUCCAUCGGCGACGAUGUUGUACAUAGGCGGCAGAAGUAGCUGUGGCAUACUAGCUUUCACGUUUCUACUGUUCUUUGCAAUCUCCAUUACCCGUAGUGCCGAUGAGCCAACGACAACAAUCAAGUACAACGUUGUCCAAGCCUGGGCGGCCAAACUCGGCGGUGAACUGUGGCAUUUGGGAGAUUUUAUAACUAGGCGAAAGGAGGUGGAAGAGAGUUUUAAACAAGCACAAGUAGUUAGCAAAAAUGGACAAAAAAUUGUCGAGGAGAUGGCCAAGGAUCUCAAGUACAUGAUGGAUGCGAAAGUGAGCGCCGUGAAGCGCAUCAUGGAUACGGCGGAAAACACUGCCAUAUCGUUCGACGAGGAACCGGUGAACCAAAGCUUCCAGUACUACAACGCGAAGCAGAUGAUCGAGCCGGGUGAAAUCAUUACCACACCGAUCCCGAUGAUCGACGAAGAUCCGGCCGACAUCACCACACCGAUACCGCCGAAAGAGAUCGUACUGACGAAGAAGCGUCACUUCUUCAACGAAGCCGUCAACACGACCGUCAGCUCGGUGCACGUACCGACGAACGUGUACGACCGGGCGACCGAGGUGAUCAAGGCGAUCAAAUGGUCGGAAGCGCUGGACUCCAUCUUCUACAACAACUACAUCGGCGACCCUACCCUCACGUGGCAAUACUUUGGCAGUUCGAGCGGUUUCCUGCGCCAAUUUCCCGCUACCAAGUGGGAACAGGAUCCGGUCGAUCUGUACGACUGCCGGCUGCGGUCGUGGUACAUCGAAGCGGCCAACAGUCCGAAGGAUAUGCUGAUCCUGGUCGACAGCUCCGGGUCGAUGACGGGCCAGCGGAAGGACAUCGCCAAACACGUCGUCUCGAACAUCCUCGACACGCUCGGACCGAACGACUACGUCAACAUUUUCACCUUCUCGGAAGAGGUGGCGGAAGUGGUGCCGUGCUUUCGCGAUACGCUCGUGCAGGCGAACAUGGGCAACAUUCGCGAGCUGAAGCUCGGUAUGGACAACAUAGAAACCAAUGAGAUCGCUAACGUUUCAGCCGCCCUCACCAGGGCGUUCGAGUUGCUGGAACAGUUCCGGGAAACCCGCAACGGGGCCCGGUGCAAUCAAGCGAUCAUGUUGGUCUCGGAUGGUGUUCCAUACAGCUUCGACGAGGUGUUCGAGCAGUUUAACUGGAAGGAGCUACCGUUCAUACCGGUGCGCGUCUUUACCUACCUGAUCGGGCGCGAGGUGGCGGACGUGAAGGAGAUCAAGGAAAUGGCCUGCCGGAACCAGGGCUACUACGUGCACCUGAGUACGAUGGCGGAGGUGCGGGAAGAGGUGUUAAAUUACAUACCGGUCAUAGCGCGCCCGUUGGUGCUGAACAAGCGGGAACAUCCGGUCGUCUGGUCGGAGAUCUAUGCCGAUGUCGAAGAUCCCAAAAUGACCGACUGGUUGUGGGAGAUUAAGGAACGAGCAGAACAGAAGGAACGCUUCAUCGACUAUCGGAAGAAUCGGGUGUUGUUUUACUCGCCGGAAGAACAACAUCGUCGGAUGAUCAUGAAGCAGCGCAUGAACCAAGACCCGUACUCGAACAAUCAGAAGUACAACUUCAUGACGACCGUCUCGGUGCCAGUGUUUGAUCGGCGAGAGAAUGCGAACAUCACCGAAGACAUACUGAUGAACGAGGCAUACUGGGUGACGAUCACGCGAGAGACGCGGGUGGCCAACAUACUUGGCGUAGCUGGAGCCGAUGUGCCAAUAGCGGAAAUUAAAAAAUACCUUAAACCUCACCUGCUUGGUGUAAAUGGAUACGCCUUCAUUGUCACUAACAAUGGCUACAUCCUGACGCAUCCAGACUUCCGUCCAGUGUUUCAAGAUAUUCUCAAGCCAGCCUAUAACACGGUCGACAUGAUUGAGGUCGAGUUGACCGAUGACGACCAAGGGCCACGAGAUUUCAAUAACAUGCUGCUUAAUAUGCGUGAAUCUAUUAUCAACCAGUCUACUGGAGCCAAGUGGAUACGUGUGAAGUACCACUUUGACGAAAUGAAACGGGUUUCGCGUACCAAACGCCAGUACUACUGGACACCAAUUAAAAACACCCCGUUCACGCUGGUGGUUACGUAUCCCGAGACGUACGGCGUCAAUCGGCUGCAGAUACGCACGGAGGACGAGAUCCACCGUAUUCACGCUAAGGGCAGCAACGUGGCCAGCUUCUUCAGUGGCAACAAUUGGAAAAUUCAUCCCGACUGGGUGUACUGUAAAUAUUUAAACGAACACCCGAACGAAACGUUCGGUACGCCGGAGCUGGAGUUAAAGCAUUUUCUCGAGCGCAUGAAGCUCGGUGGCUGGAAGUGGCCCUCAAACCGCACGCCUCCCCCACCCGAACAUGCCAUGUUCUCUAAUAUAACGGGCAAAUUGCCAGAGAAGGAUUAUUAUUACUGCGAUCGCGGUUUGAUGCAGGCGCUCGUGUAUGACGCUAAGGUCACGGAAUGGUUCUCCAAGAACGUUAGCGGGAGCGGUGGAAACAAGGACGAGAAAGGUCCAAGUCCUAUUGCUGUGUUGAUGGGUUUGCUGCCAAGGAACGAGUUUAAGCAACGUUUCGGCAUCACCGUUUCCUUUCUGGCGACACACUCGGGUUUAACACGAUGGCAAGAAUAUGCCACCGGUGCGGACGAAUCCAAACAAGCCGAGCCUGACUUUAGUGAAACGCACAACCGUGCGAUCGACGAGGUGUGGUACAAGCGUGCGGUAGAGCUGUACUACAGCAACCGCAACCGGAAGGGGGCGGACGGUGAGAACGGUAAGGACGAUAGCGAUCGGAACAGCUUCGUCUACUCGGUACCGUUCGAUGCGGGCAAUCGGAACGAUACGCUCGUUACCGCGAGCCAUGCCAUUUUCCACACGGACGGGACGCGCGAAGCGCCGGUGGCGGUGGUAGGCUUCCAGUUUCAUCAUUCCGCACUGUACACGCUGUUUAAGAACAUCACCAGCCAGUGCGGGCACGGCGAUCCGCGGUGCGAGAAGACGUGCUUUACCGGCGAUUAUCAGUGUUACGUGAUCGACAACAAUGGGUUUGUGGUGAUCAGUGAGCAGCUGCAGGAAACGGGUGCAUUCUUUGGUGAGGUGAAGCCGGCGUUUAUGCAGCGCCUGCUGGACGAUAGCAUCUUUCGCAAUGUGACCGUGUACGACUAUCAGGCGGUUUGUUUCAUGCCGAAGGGCUCGAUCAAUCUCGGUACGGUACUGCAGACGCCGUUGCGUUUGCUCUGGUGGAUUCUUACCAAUACGCUUUCGUACCUGGUUUGGGUGGUGAUGCAACUGUUUCUUAGCCUGGCACAAGCGUACGAUGAAAUAUACGACACGGGUGCGUAUGAUGUGGUACCGGAACUGGGCGAUCUAGAUGAUCCAACGCUGAAUCGCUACAAGGAACCGGAGUUCAACAAGGUACUGAUCAACCGUACCCGGCCGGAGCCGUGCGAUCACGUGAUCACCCUGUACGAGCUCAACAUGGACGUUGAUCCGUCAGUGUACACAAAAGAGGCACACCAGUGCGAACGACCGUACGUGGUGCUGCCGAUACCGUCCAGCAAUCUUCUGCUGCUAGUGCUGGACACACUCUGCCCACUGCCCACCCAUGUGCCACAGCUGUCGACGUGGCCGGUGGAGCACGAUUACAAUGCUUCGCUCGCUUGCCACAAGGCCCGCAGCGAUCCGCUCCCGCGGCGAAGACCACUUACCUGCAUCAACAAGCAUGCAAAUGAAAGUGUGAUCGAGCUGUGCGGUGACGGUAGCAUACCCAGGUACAACGUUGCUUUACUGCUUGCCCUGCUAGUGUUCGGCCAGUGCAUAGUGCAGCGGUGCGCUGCCGGUGGCAUCUUCGCUUACCUCUGAGACGCAUCGUGAACGAGUCACUUUCCGUUUGUAUCGAUUCUUUUGACCACAGUGUAGAGACAACCGAUGUAGCGUGCUUAUUCUAACGGCCGUGCGGUGAAUUAAUUCCGGAUUAGAAGGAGGAGUGGGCGUGAAUAGUAAAACACGAUCGCAGUGUCAUAUACAGGAAACAAAAGGGCAAAACCGCGCGAUUAACCAACAACCGGGUGACAACAUUCAAUACGGUGCGAAUAAUUAGAAAAUGAUAUUUGUUACAUUCGGUCCGGGCAGCUUAGGUGGAAAACGUUCAGGGGUACAGCGACAGCGCUGUCCCCCGAGCCGGGAUGACUAUAGUAAGUAGCGCAGAGGAAUGUAUUAGUUGUUGAUGUUAGUUUCAUGUUGUUUAACACAAAUUCUAUUCUAUUGAUUCCCGCUGCCGAAUCAAAUAGCUGUUACUACCAUCAACUGUUAGUUUGAAUCUAUUGCUGUGUUAUUUUUUUACACCAUAAGACGUUUCAUUUGCAUUUCUAGCCUAAUCUUGUUAUACUCAUGUGCAACUAUUCUUUCGUGAUCAUGGAACUUAUUCGGGUACCGAGUGUGUGUGUGGAAUCGAUGUAGCACAAUAUAUGUUGCUUAACAAGCUCUCGGCGAUAUUCGGUUGGUUCUAUAGUACCAUUUUAGAUAAAUUAGAGAAUAUGAUAGGUUUUAUUACGAGCUACAAAAAACAGGGUUAGCUCAAUAAAUCGUACAGCUUUAGGUUAGGAAUACACAGGAGGUCCUGUUUGGAAUAUGUCCACCCGGUUGUUGGUUCCGCGUUUUUGUUUGCUCAUUGAACCAAAAUGUACUGUUAGUAAAAAAAAAGAAAGAGUGCAAAUGAACUACCAAACGACGCAAGAAGAAGAAAACAUUACGAAACAAUCGAAAAACACACUUACAUACUCACACAGCAAACAAAAACCGGAACAGCUUAUAACGUGAGAGAGAGACAGAGAGAGAGAGAGAGAGAGAGAGAGAGAGAGAGAGUAGGAGGAUUAGAUAAACCAAACCACUUGUUUCCACAAUGUACACACACACACACGACGAAUCCACGUUUAUCACACAAUUUAUCGCGAACCGUUUUUGCAUUCCUUUUGCUCCUCUAAUCGCAACGGAAGAGUUUAUUAUCACGUGUGUCCAAAGCUGCGAAGCUAUUCAACCAUAACUACGGGAGAGUGGCGCCAUACACUACCAAAAGAAAAAAAAAAUUGGCGUCACGAUUUUCUUAUCUUUGUUACGAUAGUAAUACGAAAAAUGUCGGCCAACUUUUCUUAACGCCUUUGCGCUCCAACACGCGAAUUUAACUCCGACACACACACACACACAAUGCUUCAUUGCCGUUCCUUCUGUGGUAUCGUUUGUGUGAAGUUAGGAAGAUGCUUGUUGAGGUGAGGCAAAACGGACGGAUAGAUUCAGUUGAUUAUUCACAUAGCGUUUAAUUGCUGCCCAUUUGGCAGCAAAUCAGCGUCACGAGACAGGGAUCCUUUCAGAUACUUUACAGCGUAUUGGAAGGGGACUAAUGGUGGGUCAUACGACUUUUACCAUGGAUCGACCUGGAGUCGAGUUCGUUCCUAUAGGUAUCGAGUUCGACCCGGCGGUGCAACGAGUUCGGGUGUCGAUUACGGGACGACCCCAACUUGUUCGAACUACGAAUGCGACCCGUACGAUUCCGGAACGCUUACGAAUGACUCCGACUCUCUGGAAGGUUCGGGUCGACCCGCCCAUCACUAGAGGCGAUUUCAAUAUAUCUAGUUACACGAAUUUGCUAUCAAUACUACUACCAUUACCUAUUUACUAUUUAACUACUACGGAGUGCGCAAAAAAAAAAACAGCCACGGAGUCAUUUUGCUGUUGUGCUUUCAGCGACUUCUUUUUUACGUUGUUUCUAGUGAAAGAUGGAUUUUACACGCCCUACCGUAACAAUCGCUUCGCGUGCGCUUGCAUACUCAAUCAGGAAAAACGAGGGGAAAUCACUACAAAGGAGCGUUUAUUAGGAUUUUCGUUUGAUCCAAUAGUUUUGUUUGUGCAUUGAAGAAACGAACGCAUUUAUGAGUAUAAUCGAGAACGAUAGAGAGGGUCGAAAAGUAAAGCGUAAAACUUUUCGUCUAAAAAAAAACACAUAAAUCGAGCUACUAACAACAGGGUGACAGGUGACAGGUAAUUGCUGCAUUACCCUGGGCCCAACCCAACUUUUCCCCCAAAUUUGCCUAUGGACCUUACCAUGCCUACGUAAGAGAGUGUCUACCUCUCAUAGCUGUUGCGCAAGGAUGUUUAGCAAAGAACAAAAAAAAAACAAGGAAGUUGGCAGGAGUAAAACAAACCCAAAUGUUAAUAUCUCAUCCCUGUUUUGCAUCCAGGAAGAUGGUGGCGUGUAUGGAGUAAAGUAAAGUAAAGCGGUUUUUUUUCUUAGAAUUUAACAAUAAUCAAUCAAGCGCGACGAAAUGUUUGCUUCCCGACUGGGUGUGUGAAAGCAGUGAAAGAUUCUUGAACAAUGUGACGCAGACAGACGGAUGAUUCUUUUUGAUAGUAGCAAUCGAAGUAGGAACCAUGAUGGUUGGGUGAGGUAUUGGCAAAAACUCAACGCGCAUAAAAGGAAGAAAAUUAAAGUUUGUAAAAUAGCGGAAAAGAAAAACACACACACACACACACACCUUAAACCCGUGAAGCAAAAAAAAGACAACUUUACCAUUGUCCGCCUAUUAUCUUAGCUCGCAGUGCGCGCAGAUCGAAACACCGGCUAGUGGCCCGGACAAGGAUGCAAGGGGAAUGCUCUAGCUUUAGAAAAGUAAACCAACAACAAAUCAACAUUCAAUUUGACAUUUGUUUUGCCUAGAUUUAAUGGCUGCGAUGUAGCGAACGACGAAUGGCCAUCUUGCCGUGGCCAGAAGGAAACGAUUUAAUUCCUUCCCUUACAGUACAGCAAACAAAAAACAAAGGGAAUCAUAAGAACCUCCUGUUGUAAAUUUCACACACGAGAACGCGCUCUAAGUUGUACAUUCACAGCACACAACCGUACAGAGGAAGAGCCAUUUCCGAUUGCUUCUGCUCCGAAUUACACUAACAAAGCGAACCAACCAAAAAAAAAAAAAAA